GUCUUCGCCUUCGUCUUCGUUCUCCAUCUUCCUGAGUUGGUGCUUCUGUCGGCUUGGGAAGUGGAGCUUUCUGUAUCAGAUAUGGGGCCAGUUCUUCAUUCCCAUUCAGAUUCCACCACGCCACCUGAACGUGAUGACAUGUCCCGAUCUGAAUCGAGCAGAAACCCAUCCCCAACUCCGUUAACUCCAACUCCUACAUCCCACGCCCCGCCAAAUACCGGCGGCCAGCCGGAGCAGAAAUUCUCCCUCUCCGGCGAUCCCCAGGUACGACUUGCUGUAUACAUAACCAUGGCCCAAGCAGGCGUUGUCUUGACCCUUUUUAUACUAUACACUGUGUGUAAGCCUUUGGAAGAAUAUCUUCAUCCUCUUCUUUGGGCUGUGCUCUGUUCUAUUCCUCUGAGAGAAAUUCAGCAAACCCUCGUCACGUUUUGGGCAGAACCCUUGAACUUAGGACUCACUGAGACUGUACUCGCAGUUCCAACUUCAAUAUUUUGUGUUUUUGUCGGCACCCUCGUUGAGAUUCGCGAAGAAGUUUUUAGGUUUCUCCUAAGGAAGCCAAAAUCUUAUGAUGAGGCUCCAACAAUAAUACCAAAGCGCUCUGGGUUUUCCAAUUUACUUCGCUUGCUUUUGUCCUUUGGGAUAUUCUUAAUCACAUAUGAGAGCUUUGGAUGUAUUGUGUCACUAUCGCUUCUGGGAUUAGGCUUUGUGUUUAGCUCUGAACAAGCAAGUUCGAUGAUGUCUACGUUGUCCUCACUCAGAAGUAACAGCUUCAGACGUAGUAAGAUUAGUGCUUUCUUCACACGAGCAAUACUGAAACGAUUGAAAACCGUGGUGGCAUUUGGGUUGAUUGCUGGUAUGAUUAUGGGGUCUUUGUUUGGUGUUAUGUUUUUCUCUUAUCGCGUUGCAGUUGAAGGGAAAGACGCAAUGAUUAUGCUGAAACAACGUGUAGAGAGGAGCAAUUAUGCUGAGACAAUUGGUAUGAAGAAGUGGAUGGAUGAGAAUGAUGUUCCUGGACUGGUAGACAAGUACAGUACGAAGUUAUAUGAGACAGUGUCUGAUCAGAUAGAUGGCUUGGCAAUACAUUACAAUAUGACUCAACUUGUGAUCAGCAUUAGGCAUUUUGUGACUGUAAAUAAUUCUUCAGCACCUUCAUUGAUUUUCAUGGCUCACUCAUCAUCAUACACCGAGAGGCUCUCACGCUUGCAAAAUCUGUUCAGAAACCAUGAGUGGAGCGAGAUUCAUAAAGAAAUUGACAUCAUUUUUUAUGAUCUUGUAAUUAUUCUCCAUGAAUUAGUUCAGGGAGCAAGAGAACUUGCUGGUGGUAGUACCAAUAUGAUUCGAAAUGCUUCAACAUUCUUAUUUUCUAUAGCUAAUUCCAUAAUCUCAGGAGCUGCAGGGGUUCUAAACUUUGUGUAUCGGUCAAUGGUGUUUUUCUGCGUUCUGUAUUUUCUCAUCACAUCAGAUUCUAGGGUAACAGAGCAAGUGAUUGGUAUGAUUCCAGUUUCAAGCUCAACUAGGGAUAGAUGUGUGAAAGCUAUUGAAGAUGCAAUAUCAGGAGUGCUUCUAGCCACUGUAGAGAUUUCAUUUUCUCAAGGAUGUCUCACUUGGCUCUUAUUUAAGCUACUCAACAUUCAUUUUCUGUACAUGUCAACUGGACUCGCCUUCAUCAGUCCUCUAAUUCCUCUAUGCCCGUCGUGGCUCGCGACAAUCCCGGCAGCUCUGCAACUAUUGCUGGAAGGAAGAUACAUUAUGGCCAUUGUCUCAUCUGUAAUUCACAUAUUUCUGAUGGAUUAUUGUGCCUCUGAGGUCAUGAAAGGUGUUCCUGGGAAUAGUGAAUAUCUUACUGGUCUUACCAUCAUUGGAGGAAUGACCUUGUUCCAUACAAGUCUAGAGGAUGCUGUAAUGGGGACACUGAUAACUACGGUUGUGAUUGCUGUGAAGGAUUUAUAUGUUAAGUUUGUCUUGGAUGCUCCAGAAGACAGGACCUAGAAGAAAGAAAGCUAAGUC